CAUGCAGACCGAUGUCAGGUGUUGAUUCGGUUCAAAUUGAAAUCUCGUUAUUCCACGCACGCAAGGAUUUUUCUUAUAAGAAAUACAUAGUACCUACUGUAUUUCUUAUUAAGACGUACUGAUAUUUUUUAUACAAUACAAGAAUAUAUAUUUUUUAACUUGUAACAGAUACCAUCGUCUCUGUAAUUCCUAGUCAUUUAUAAAAUAACAGACGUGAAAUAUAACUAAUUAAAGUGUAAAUAUCAAUACAUAAUGGACUUCACUUUAAAUAUUUUCACCCUGAAUUGCUGGGGAAUACCAGCUGUAUCGAAAAAUCGCAAAGAAAGAAUCGAAGCGAUUGCAAAAUAUCUUAUGCAUAGUUCACAUAACAUUGUGUGCCUUCAAGAGAUUUGGAGUGAAAAAGACUAUUUGUUCUUAAAAGACAGCCUUAAGGAAGUUCUUCCUUACUCUCAUUACUUUUAUAGUGGAGUUCUGGGAUCGGGGUUAUGUGUAUUUUCUAAAUGGCUGAUUCAGGAUGUGUUUUUCCAUCAGUGGCCUCUAAAUGGCUAUAUCCAUAAGAUACAUCAUGGUGAUUGGUUUGGAGGGAAGGGAGUGGGCUUAUGUAGAAUUAGAUGUGAAGACAAACUCAUAAAUGUAUAUUGCACACAUCUUCACGCAGAAUACCAUGAAGAUGACAUGUACCUAGCACACAGGGUGCUACAAGCAUACUUCACUGCGGAGUUUGUUAACCUCACCACAUCUCCUGCUGAUGUGUCCAUACUCGCUGGAGAUUUGAACACAGCUCCUGGUGAUUUGUCUUUCAGAUUAAUAACUCAACUGCCAGCAUUAUUGGAUCCUUAUGUCAUGAAGUGUGAAGGCAAUGACCCAGCCAUUGCUAAAGCAUCCGGCACUUGUGAUAAUAUUAACAAUAGUUAUUCAGAUGCUAAGAUGACUAAAACAGCACCAGAAGGAAAAAGAAUUGAUCAUAUACUGUUCAAACUCAAUAAUUCUUGGGAGGCUGAUGUUGUGAAUUUCGGGAAUCCACUUGAAGACAGAGUGCCGGGUGAAGACUUUUCUUAUUCCGAUCACAAUGCUGUUUCAUUAGAACUAAGAAUAAGAGAGAUUAGUGAUAAAAAGACCAGUCAAAGACAACAAAGCGCUGAAGAUCGGUUUGAUAACACAAUUGAUCAAGCUAUAAAAGUAUGUCAAGAUGCUAAAAUAACUAUUACAAAAUCAAAACGUCUAUUUCUAACCUGUGGAGGACUUUUGUUCAUGUUCCUAUUAGGCACGGUAGGUUUUUGGCCUCAUAAUAUUCUAGCUGAUUUCGUUAAAAUAGUUAUAACAGGUUUUUGUUUCUAUUAUAUAAUCAUGGGAACAAUAUGGAACAAAAUUGAAAUGAACAGUCUUAAAGCGGGUUUGAGUGCUUUAGAGAAUUUUAAUAGAACUAGAAAUGAAUUGAAAUAUUUGGAUUAAUUUUUUUAGUUAAAAGUUUAUAAUUAUUUAGCUUUUCGAUUUUCCAUAAUGCAAAUCACGUAUUUUGUACAAAUCUUUAGCCAAAGCUAUUACAUAAUGUUGUAUAUAUACAUAAUCUUAUAUGCUUAAUCGUAAUUAAGAUAUAAAAUAGAAUAUAUUAGAAUAAUAUUAACAAAUAUCUAUUUAGAAAAUGCUAAGCUUUACAUUUAUAAAUAUUUAAUAUUAUGCCAUAAUCAAGUUACCUCAGACAGACAUUAUAAAUGCUAGAUAAGCAAUUUUUACAAUACUU